AUGCGUUUCUCCCUCCUCCUCACCGGCCUCGCCGCCACCCUCGCCGCCGCCAUCCCCCUAGACGAACAACUCUUCGGCCGCUCCCUCGACCUCGGCUCCAAGCUCCACUCUUCCGACCGCCGCACCGCCCGAGGCGACCCCGAAGGCAACGGCUUCCACAGCGGCUACUUCUACUCCUACUGGUCCGACGGCCGCGGCACCGUCGACUACCGCAACCAGCCCAACGGUACUUACACCGCCACCUGGACCAACGUAGGCAACUGGGUCGGCGGCAAAGGCUGGAACCCCGGCGGGCCCAAAGUGGUCCAAUACAACGGCACCUGGUCCGGCCGCAACGUGAACUCGUACCUCGCCCUCUACGGCUGGACAAAGAACGCGCUCAUCGAGUACUACAUCGUCGAGAGCUACGGUUCCUACAACCCCAGCAGCGGGACCUCCCGUCUCGGCACAGUCAACAGUGACGGGAGUGAUUACGAUAUUUACCGCACUCAGCGGGUGAACCAGCCUUCUAUUGUUGGGAGGGCGACGUUUUACCAGUUCUGGUCUGUGAGGAGGAAUCACCGGGUGGGCGGGACGAUCACGGUGGCGAAUCACUUUGCUGCUUGGGAGAGGAGUAACCUCAAGUUGGGGACGCAUGAUUACAUGAUUUUGGCUACCGAGGGGUAUGGGAGUAGCGGGUCUUCUGCUAUUACUGUGAGGGAGGCUGGUGUGGAGGGGGUGCCUUAUCCUAAUGAACCUGACUCGAGGAGGGACAAUAACUAG